AUGGCUGCGAGCGGCGCGCUCGCAGCCGGCACCAUUGCGUCCCCCUGGAGCACGGCGGCCGGCGCGCCCGACACCAAUGGCUCGGGCGGCGCCGACGCUAAGCACCUGGACGUCGGCGAUGCCAGCGACGAUGAAAAGGAUAUGUCCGCGGCCGAUGCGGAGGGAGUAUGGAGUCCAGACAUUGAGCAGAGCUUCCAAGAGGCCCUGGCCAUCUACCCGCCGUGCGGCAGGCGCAAAAUUAUUCUCUCCGACGAGGGCAAGAUGUACGGAAGAAACGAGCUGAUAGCAAGGUAUAUAAAAUUGAGGACAGGAAAAACGCGCACGAGAAAACAAGUGUCAUCCCACAUACAGGUGCUAGCUAGGCGGAAACUUCGAGAAAUACAGGCCAAACUGAAAGUGCAAUUUUGGCAACCGGGUCUACAAGCCGGACCUUCACAAGACGUAAAACCGUUCCCUGGUGCUGGUUACAAGGGCGUCCCAGGAGUAGGAGGAGUGGGAGUACCAAGUGGGACAGACGUCGCGCCGCCACCGCCGUGGGAGGGCCGCGCGAUCGCCACGCAUAAACUACGACUUGUAGAGUUUUCUGCCUUCGUUGAACACCCACGGGAUCCAGAAACGUACCCAAGUUCGGCGCCGGCGCAACAUCUAUUCGUGCAUAUAGGUGGCACCGUUACGUACGCAGAUCCUUUAUUAGAGUCAGUGGACGUACAACAGAUUAAUGAUAAGUUCCCAGAGAAGAAAGGAGGCCUCAAAGAGUUAUAUGAGAAAGGUCCACGGAAUGCGUAUGAAAGCAACGAAAACAUGACUAUAACGUGUAGUACGAAGGUGUGUUCGUUCGGCAAGCAAGUCGUUGAGAAGGUGGAGACGGAGUACGCGCGCUUUGAAGGCGGCCGCUUCGUGUACCGCAUACAUCGGUCGCCCAUGUGCGAGUACAUGGUCAACUUCAUACACAAACUGAAACAUCUACCUGAGAAGUAUAUGAUGAACAGCGUUUUAGAAAACUUCACUAUACUGCAGCGUUUGUGUUUGAAGUGUCGAACAGUGAGCACGGCGCGCAGCACCACAUCUACAGGCUCGUCAAAGACUGAACGCACAGCCCCGCCGCGCGCUCUCCGAGACAACCAUUCCUUACGCAAGCCGAAUGCAGACUGCGCUGGCCCCACAGCGCGCACGCACCCGGCGCACGCGCACACACACCAUUAA